GUUUUCUCUCUGGUGUUAGCAGUUAGCAGCACUGCUUAAGCGUCUUGUGGUGUCUCGUCAGAUUAAUGUGUUAUGUUGUGUUCAUGUAUUGUAAAAUUCACUAAUAUUAAACAUUCAUGUAGCUCCUGGUGUUACCCCCUUUAAACAAACAUAUACUAUUUUGUUAAGUUAGAUUUUGUAAUAAAGAAUUUACGAAACAGUCAAGAUGUCUGGAGGUAUGUUAUAUGGUGGAGAUGAAAUAGGAGCGUUAGUCUUUGACUUGGGCCAUCAUUCUCUAAGAGUGGGUUAUGCUCAAGAGGAUACUCCAAAGGCAGAAAUUCCAGCUGUUGUUGGUAUAGGAGAAGAUGCCAAUGGCACAGCCACUAAAGUAGAACCCAUGGAUAUUGAUGAUAAAAAGCCAGAUAGCAAUAUCACUCAAAGUGGGACCAAAUAUUAUAUUGACACUACAAUUCUUCAUGUUCCACGAAAAAAUAUGGAGAUUGCAAGUUAUAUGGAAGAUGGCAUGAUUAAAGAUUGGGAUCAUUUUGAAAAGGUCAUAGAUUAUACAUAUUCAAAAAUAAUUCAGUCUGAUGCUGAAUAUCAUCCUGUGUUAUUCUCUGAAUCACCAUGGAAUGUGCGUAGUAAAAGAGAAAAGUUAACUGAACUGAUGUUUGAGAAAUAUAAUGUGCCAGCUUAUUUCUUAGUAAAAAAUGCAGUUUUAGCUGCAUUUGCAAAUGGUAGAGCAACGGGUAUUGUUGUUGACAGUGGUGCUACUCAUACAUCUGCAGUACCUGUUCAAGAUGGAUUUGUACUGACACAAGCCAUUGUUAAGUCUCCUCUUGGCGGUGAUUAUAUAACUAUGCAAUGCAGACAAUUCUUACAGGACAACGAUAUCGACUUAUCACCACCUUAUAUGGUGAGUAGCAAAGAGGUUGUUAAAGACCACGAUAAACCACGAUGGAUUCCGAAAAAAGGUUUACCAGAAGUUACCAGAUCUUGGCACAAUUACAUGGUAAAAAAAGUAAUUCAAGACUUUCAGGCUACAGUUCUCCAAGUAUCGGAAACACCGUAUGAUGAAAAAAUUGUUUCUACCAUUCCUGCAGUUCAAUAUGAAUUUCCUACGGGAUAUCAUCAGGAUUUUGGAAGUGAAAGAUUUCGAAUACCAGAGGCGUUAUUUGAUCCUAGUAUAGUACAAAUGCGCGGAGGUAUGGUUGGUAAUACUAUGUUAGGAGUGGGACAUAUUGUUACAACCAGUGUUGGUAUGUGCGAUGUUGACGUACGACCAGCGCUUUAUGGAAGCGUUGUGGUAACUGGUGGCAAUUCGUUUAUUCAGGGAUUCCCAGAACGUUUGAAUAGAGAUUUGUCCAUGAGAAUACCUUCCAGCAUGCGUCUCAAAUUGAUCAGCGCAAAUGGUUGUGCGGAAAGAAGAUUCGGUGCCUGGAUCGGUGGUUCGAUAUUGGCAUCAAUUGGGACUUUUCAACAAAUGUGGAUCUCCAGUCAGGAGUACGAAGAAAGCGGAAAGAGCCAAGUAGAAAGAAAAUGUCCUUGAACUGUGAUGGUUUGUCGUAGACAUUUUCGUUUUCAUUAAGCUAUAUUAGUGUCAGUGUGCAAAAAACUGUCAUACAGAAAGUGUGAAUACAACUUAUGGAUUAACAAAAACAUAUUCAAUACAUUAUUGUACAUUGUUUGAUACAUAUAUUAUAAA